AAAAAAAAAGAAAAAAAAAACGAGGAAGAGCACUUACAAGUCGUAGACAGGGAGAUUCUCGAUAGGCCGAGAGAGAGAGAGAGAGUUCUCCUUCUCUUUACAUCAGUCAUGGCCAAACGCAACCUCUUCUUAUUCAAAGUUCUUCUCCUUUUUCUUGCUCUCUCACCGAGAAGUAACGCCCAAGGAGUUGGAAUCAACUACGGCCAAAUCGCUAACAACCUCCCGUCUCCGUCUAGAGUCGCCGUUCUCCUCCGUUCACUAAACAUCACAAGAGUAAAACUCUACGACGCAGACCCAAACGUCCUCACGUCCUUCUCAAACUCACAAGUCGAAUUCAUGAUCGGUCUAGGCAACGAGUUCCUCCAAAGCAUGUCAACAGAUCCGACCAAAGCUCAGAGCUGGAUCCAACAACGACUCCAACCCCACAUCAACAGAACACGAAUAACCUCGAUCGUUGUCGGAAACGAAAUCAUUAAAACCAACGACCGUGUCUUGAUCUCAAGUCUCUUACCGGCCAUGAAAGCGGUGUACUCUGCUUUAACCAGUCUCGGUUUAGAGAAACAAGUAACAGUAACUUCUGCUCAUGCACUAGACUUUCUUCAGACAUCUUAUCCACCUUCUGCUGGAACAUUCAAAGAAGAGUUCAUACAGUUUCUUCAACCACUUCUUGAUUUCCACGCUCAGAUCAAAUCUCCUUUCUUGAUCAACGCGUACCCUUUCUUCGCUUAUAUGGACAGUCCUAAAGAGAUUCCCUUAGAGUAUGUUCUGUUUCAGCCGAACCAAGGGAUGGUAGAUCCGAACACGAAUCUUCAUUACGACAACAUGUUGUUUGCUCAAGUCGAUGCGCUUUAUUCGGCGAUUAAAACGUUGGGACAUACUGAUAUUGAGGUUCGGAUCUCGGAGACGGGAUGGCCUUCUAAGGGAGAUGAGAAAGAGGUCGGAGCUACGCCGGAGAACGCGGCGCUUUAUAACGGGAACUUGCUGAGGUUGGUGCAGCAGAGGAAAGGAACUCCGGCGAAGCAGUCUGUUCCGAUUGAUGUUUAUGUUUUUGCUCUGUUUAAUGAGAAUCUUAAACCCGGUCCGACUUCUGAGAGGAAUUAUGGAUUGUUUUAUCCAGAUGGUAAACCGGUUUAUAAUGUCGGUUUACAGGGUUAUCUUCCGGAUAUCAUAUACAGUUCAAGCGCUAGUACAGUCAAGACUUUGAAUUUGUGGAGAGCCGUGAUGGGUUUGGCUGUAGGGGGGUUGAUACUUGAUAUGGGCGUCAAAAUGAGGAUGAGAUAAGCUUGGUGUCCUUGUCUGCCCUUAUAGGUUUAUUUUUUGUUUGUUUUACAAGAAAGUUAUUGUUAUAGGUGAGGUAUACAAUUCUUUGUCAUGUGUUGGAUCCACGAUUAAAAACAAAAUCAAUUUAUUCUGUAACUGAAAAAUCUUUAUAAACUUUUUUUUUUGUUAGUUUUGCUGAAAG